CGGCUUAAUGAUGGAGAGGAUAAGAAAAGAGAUGAUAUUGAUGGAGAGGGGUCUGCACAGUCCUGUUGCGGGGAAGAGGCUCGGGGACGCGCCGGGGAAUUCAGUUCUGGAGGCCCUGGAAAACUCCCAACACGGCGGACGACUCAGUCCGAGAAUCACCUCGGCGUCCCUUCAUGGGAAUCUCGGGGACAUCCCGACGAAAGGCAAAUUUGAAAUCGAAAGUCUUUUCGGGACGCACCACGGCAGCGAGAACGCCUCGUCUGCGGAGAUUUCCUCGUCGGAGAGCAGGAAGAAAAUGAGUCUUUACUCCGAAGUUUCGCAAGAAUCAGACAUAAAUAGUGAUGUGGAGGUGGGAUGCCCUGCGCAUCGCUCGCCGAGCCAGCACAAGGAAAACAACAAGGUUUUUUCUGACAGUAAUUCAGCGUCCUCCAACACAAGCUCGAACUCCCUGCCGAACAUGAACGGAAACUCGGCGGGAGGAUCCAACAACUCCAACACCGACCAGGUCAGGAGGUAUCGGACUGCUUUCACCCGGGAACAGAUCGGGAGGCUGGAAAAGGAGUUUUAUCGGGAAAACUACGUUUCCAGACCGAGGAGGUGCGAAUUGGCCGCAGCGCUGAAUCUCCCCGAAACAACAAUUAAGGUGUGGUUCCAGAACAGGCGGAUGAAGGAUAAGAGGCAGCGCUUGGCCAUGUCCUGGCCCCAUCCUGCAGACCCCAGCUUCUACACUUACAUGAUGACGCAUGCGGCCGCCACAGGAAGCCUACCAUACCCCUUCCACUCGCACAUGCCUCUGCACUACUAUCCGCACGUCGGCGUCACGGCGGCAGCAGCGGCCGCCGCGGCCACCGGAGCCGCCUCUUCACCCUUCGCCACCUCCAUCCGGCCUCUCGAUACCUUCCGCGCCCUCUCCCAUCCAUAUUCGCGGCCAGAGCUCCUGUGCAGCUUCAGACACCCGGGACUGUACCAGUCGCCCGCGGGCCUAAACAGCUCGGCUGCGGCCUCCGCGGCGGCGGCGGCGGCUGCUGCGGCGGCUGCGGUCAGCGCUCCGUCCGCCUCCGGGCCCUGUUCGUGUUUGAGCUGCCACAGCAGCAGCCAGGCAGCCAGCGCGCUGGGCUCCAGGAGCGCCGGCGCUGACUUUACCUGCACGGCCUCCACGCAGAGGUCAGAGAGCAGCUUUCUGCCGUAUUCCGCCGCUGUUCUCAGUAAGACCUCAGUCCCAUCACCUGAUCAGCGAGAGGAGAGCUCACUUAACAGAUAA